UUUUUGUUGUAUUACUUUUAAUGACUUGAUGUAUAAUAAGAAAUAUUUUUAGGACCUUCCUUCUCUUAUUACUCAGAAGAAAGACAGUAAUGCAUCAGAAUCAGUGUAUGAAAAUGAGAUGAAAAUUGCUUGGCGAUAUCAGAAUUUACCCCAGUUUGGAAAGUCUUCUACUGGUCAUCAGUUCUGUAAUCAGUACAACAUCAAUACAAAAAUGAAUCAUGAAGUAAUAUCAAAGUGUUCUCCGACAACAAUAGAUAUCUCUUCUGAAAAUGAAUCGCCACCUGAAGAUAAUUCUCAGUUUUUAACAGCUUCCUGUUUCAAAAUAGCAAAUCGCCUUCAAACAAUGAUAAAAGAUGGAUUAUUUAGUACAUCUCAGUCGUGUUCACAAAGAAACAUAUUAAGGAUAGCAAUACAUUCAUUAGGAUCACCAUAUUGGAAAGAAGAGUACUCGAAAGAAAGAUGGGAAACUGAUAUACUUAGAUUUCUCUAUUUAUUAAAAAGUAUGAUGAGAUCGGCAUUUUCAGUCGCUGUUAUCAGUGUUCCAGUUAAUUUACUUCAAAACCAUGUUUUGUUGGAAAGGAUGCGACUUAUAUGCGAUACUGUGAUAAGGUUAGAGGGAUUUGAUUCCGCAGAAGGUGAAAUUCAUCCUGCUUUUAAAGAUUAUAAGGGUCUUCUACAUGUGGUCAAAGUACAUCACUUAAAUUUAUUAAAACCUCACAAAUUAGACACUGAUGAUUUGGCUUUUUGUUUCCGGAAAAGGAGUUUAAUAUUUGAGGCCAUUCACAGUACAAUCAUGCACAUGUUAAUAAAAGAAGAAGAUAAAUAUGGAAGAUAUGCAAAAUUACUCAUGAAACAUUUUUUAGCAGAAGGUGUAACAAACAAUCAUUCAAUUUUAUUAGCAUCUGGAGAUGAAUCUCCAAAAAAGAUUUUGGAGGACCUUCCUUCUCUUAUUACUCAGAAGAAAGACAGUAAUGCAUCAGAAUCAGUGUAUGAAAAUGAGAUGAAAAUUGCUUGGCGAUAUCAGAAUUUACCCCAGUUUGGAAAGUCUUCUACUGGUCAUCAGUUCUGUAAUCAGUACAACAUCAAUACAAAAAUGAAUCAUGAAGUAAUAUCAAAGUGUUCUCCGACAACAAUAGAUAUCUCUUCUGAAAAUGAAUCGCCACCUGAAGAUAAUUCUCAGUUUUUAACAGCUUCCUGUUUCAAAAUAGCAAAUCGCCUUCAAACAAUGAUAAAAGAUGGAUUAUUUAGUACAUCUCAGUCGUGUUCACAAAGAAACAUAUUAAGGAUAGCAAUACAUUCAUUAGGAUCACCAUAUUGGAAAGAAGAGUACUCGAAAGAAAGAUGGGAAACUGAUAUACUUAGAUUUCUCUAUUUAUUAAAAAGUAUGAUGAGAUCGGCAUUUUCAGUCGCUGUUAUCAGUGUUCCAGUUAAUUUACUUCAAAACCAUGUUUUGUUGGAAAGGAUGCGACUUAUAUGCGAUACUGUGAUAAGGUUAGAGGGAUUUGAUUCCGCAGAAGGUGAAAUUCAUCCUGCUUUUAAAGAUUAUAAGGGUAAUUAUUGCAUUUGA